AUGGUGCCGUUUGCCGGCUACUCGAUGCCCAUCCAGUACAAGGACUCCAUCAUGGAAUCAACCACCUGGUGCCGCGCCCACGCGUCGGUGUUCGACGUGUCCCACAUGUGCGGCCUCACCCUCAAGGGCAAGGACGCGGUGGCUUUCCUGGAGGGGUUGGUGGUGGGCGACAUCUCGGGGCUGGCAGACGGCACCGGCUCCCUCAGCGUGUUCACCAACGAGAAGGGCGGCAUCAUCGACGACACCGUCAUCACCAAGGUGACGCCCACCGAGAUAUAUCUGGUCGUCAACGCCGGCUGCCGCGACAAGGACCUCGCCCACAUUGGCGCACACCUCAAGGCAGCACAGGCGCGCCCCGAACGCCGUCCUGCCGUCCACGCAGGGUGGGGGGAUCCCACUCGGGCCGCGGGCAAGGACGUGUCCCUCGACGUCCACGAUGACCGCGCGCUGCUGGCGCUGCAGGGCCCCGCCGCGUCCAAGGUGCUGCAGGGUUUGACCGCGUUUGACCUGUCAAAGUUCUACUUUGGAAACUUCGCGCGGUUCGAGGUUGCGGGCGCGCCUUGCUGGGUGACGCGCACGGGGUACACUGGAGAGGAUGGGUUUGAGAUCAGCGUGCCCAACACGCACGUUCAGCAGCUGGCUGACAAGCUCGUGGCCAAUGAGGAGGUCCGCCUGGCGGGGCUGGGCCCCCGCGACAGCCUGCGGCUGGAGGCGGGGCUGUGCCUGUAUGGCAACGACCUCAACGAGGACAUCACACCCAUCGAGGCCGGCCUGGCCUGGACUGUGGCCAAGCGGCGGCGCGAGGCCUUUGACUUUUUGGGCGGCCAGGUCAUCAAGCAGCAGCUCGCCGACGGCGUCGCGCAGCGCCGCGUCGGCUUCGUCAGCAGCGGCGCGCCCGCGCGGCAGCACAGCGAGAUCACCACGCCCGACGGCACGCGGGUGGGCGAGGUGACCAGCGGCGCCUUCAGCCCCUGCCUCAAGAAGAACGUGGCCAUGGGCUAUGUCGACAAGGCGUACGCUAAGGCCGGCACCGAGCUCAACCUGGUGGUGCGCGGCAAGGCCCAGAAGGCCGUUGUCACCAAGAUGCCCUUUGUCCCCACCACCUACUUCAAGGGAUGA